ACCUUCGGAUCCAUGGACCUUGAACACAUUUUUACAGCAUGCAUCGGUAUACCUGACGUUUCACCGGUCAAGCCGCGACUUCUGUUCAUAAAAAAUAAGUAGUCCAUAACAACUUGCAUUUCCCCCUCUCUAAUUAAAACCAUGCAACUAAACAAUAGCCGGUCUUAUUUCUACCAACUAGAAGCCGCCCUGCGUUGCGCAGAGUAUGAAAAUUUCUUUGACUCAGAUACAAUCGCUAGAGAAAACAUUUACAGCGUGUGACUAAAGAAUUUUUAGUCUUUGUCGAGACUUUCAGAGAAGAGUACUCACGCAGUGUCCUUGUGUCAGAUGCUCCAGGUAUCUACCGAUUAGUAAAUAUUCGUGCAAUUUGUCCCGGUAAUUGUGUCUGACGCGAUGUUUUAGUCGAAACUAUUGAGAACUAUUAACAUUCAAAUGAUUUUACUAGUCCGCUGCACUAUUAUCGCGGGAUAUUCUUAAGCGUUUUAAGAUCUUCCACUGAAAAAAAUAAUGUUCGAAACUGGACGACGAUCUGCAACGAGUACAUCAGAACUUGGACUCUAUUCCGAUCGAAGCGAUCAUUAUCACAGAAACCGAUACGGAAUUGGUGUUCGGAAAUACGUUAUCGGCGUUAUGGUGGUCCUCGGCAUUAUUCUGGUCUCGUUCCUGCUCUACGACUUCACCUCGGGCGCAAUGGUGACGAGUCACGGAGCUAAGGAGACAAAACAUAUUUAUAUACUACAGAAUGCCCUGAAGAGACCGAUCAGUAUUUCCAAAAGAACUACAACUACUACCCUUAGCCCGUCGUACCUCGACGGUAAUAAGACUGAAUUAAUUAAGAUGGAGGAUCGUUCGGAUGGGAACUACGACGGAGAAGAAAUUUUGGACAGUGCCGAAGGAAUAGAAGAUCAGAUCGCCUCCGAAUCACGUUUGACAACAGGACCGAGAACGGACUUGGAAUCGCGUAGUCAGAAUUUGAACAAUUUCAAUUUACGAAAGAGGCUAUUAUCGAUGGACGAAGAUGAAAGUGAAGAGAAAGUCCGAGGGAAACAAUUGUUCGACAACCACGCGAUGGUUUAUCGACUGAGACAAAGAUACAAGCAUCCGGUUUCGGAAGAAGAAGACAACGAUAACUUCGAAGAGUCUCGACCGAUACCAUUUCACUUCGGUUACAGAACUCCCGUUCCGACUUCCUUCAAAAGACCGAAAUUCCCGCAACUAGCGCAGUACCGUUAUCCUCACAGCUCGAACAAUAUACAGGAUAUAAUAAAAUAUCUGACAAGGGACAACGAGAAACCAACUCGUGGGAUUAAAUUCUCUGGCGUUUACGUUAACCCGAAAAAAUUCGACUUUUAUCCCGAAGUUGGCGAAAUGAUGUCGAACAGCGACAGAUCCGAGGAAGACCAUUCCCCUCCGUUCACCUAUUCUUACAAUUCCGAUCCAUUCUAUCAAUACAAACCGAAACAUCCUUCGGACAUAAACCUUUUAGCAACUUCAAAUGUCAGAUUCUCACCGUCCGGGACUCACAGGUACAAUCCGAGUUUCUACGAUCCGUAUUUUCAAAGACCGUCCAUCAAUUUCAAUGCGCAAUCCUCCGCCUCCUCUUCGGAGUCACAGUACGAUAAUUACGAGUCUCAUGGCACAGCGUCUUUUGGCAAGAAACGAAAAGCGAAACCCUUGAGCGUCAUGCUGGACAUUUAUCCGAUCUCGGACGGCGUUGAUCCGAACAGAAAAUCGUCACGACCGAGGACCGGGCCCGGCGGUUAUCCGAAUCAACUUUCAGCCGAGGAAUCCGAUACCAGAAGGCCCGUUUCUCACAGUAAGGGAUUAAAAUAUCCCCAAUUCGUUCCACCGUCGCAGCCUAUUUCUCUAGUGGCUAUUCCUAGUCAACAAACCAACGUGGGCGAUGAGGAGAGACAGCAAAUGGUGUUCCAUUUGAAUCUUUACCCCAAAAGGAGAAGUAACAAAUUGAUCAGGAACGACUUCAGCCCGAGAUCUCAACGUACGGAUCAUGGAAUAGAAGAAUAUCCGGAUGAAAAAAAUAAACCGCCGGUGUUCGAUAAGAUCGCGAAACAAGUUACCGAUCAUUCGGCCAUACAAGUAUCAAAAUUCGAAGAGACUCGAUCUUCCGAGACGACGGAGACUUCUGCCGAAUUGUACGAAGAUCCGGGAUUGACUCGGUACGAAGAGAGCGAAUUGCAGAGUACAAAAAAUGAAGGUCAAUCAGCCACGACGCUCGAUGAGAAUGUCGUUGAAAGAAUCAAAUCGAAACAGGACAAAUUAGAGAACAGCACCUCGAUACCCUGGAAUCAUAGGCCGUUAGAUUUCACGUUAGAAAAAAUCACGAAAAAAUUGCUCAACGUAAAAAAUGAAAAGCCCGAAACGGUGUCAAAAGACGUUUGCGACGGCUGUAAAAAUUCCAAAGCUACCGAAAAACGCACGGAAAUCGAAGAGACGGAAAAACAUGUCAAAACUAAGGACAUUGACACCGUCGAAGGUUUCGAAGACUUCGCGGACGGUCUGCUGGCGACCGAUUGAAUUUUUCACUAAAUAUUCAAGGAACUAUGUAGUUUGGUCGAAAAUUCGUUCGACCGAUCGCUUAUUCGAGUCGAUUUUAUUGCCUGAUAUAAAAUUUGAAUUAAUUUGCAGUAAUUUUGAUUGAAAUACUAUCGAUUUUUAAGAACUUACUGCCCUCGCUAAUUACUCGUUUGAUAUUUUCUACUUCGUUAUUUAUCCUGUAAUAAUAAUAUAUAUAUAGAGUGGACCCAUGGUACACAAAUACUCACGUAUUUUUGGCGCUACGUCAUGUGGUAGGCCGUUGGGCAUUAUAAAUUUUCAUAUUCCACCUUGACAUUUCCAUAGGUAACGUUCAAACUCCUCAGGAAGCAUUUUAC